AUGGCUUACGCUCUGGAGGACAUGCAUAUUACUCGGAACGAGACAAAAGUUGAAUUUCAAACUAAAGUUGGAAAAUUCGAGUUGUUCAGUUUCUGGGAGGACUCAUUCAUUAAAACUGUUCAGUGGUUCUCCAAAUUUCCUGAAUUCACGGAACUUGAUAUGGAAGUGAAGCUGGAUAUUCUAAAAUCAUCCUGGUUGAUAUGGAUUCGAUUAGAUAAGCAAGCUCACACAGCAAAUCUUCAGAGGAAACAGUUACUGGGUGCAAAUGUGUAUAUGACUGGAGAAGGAAGGUGCAUGAAUUUGAAGAAUUUCGAUGUUGACCUGUCUUUUGCAACCAACUACUCUAUGGAUCAAAUUCGGUCACUAAUGAACGUAGACGUGGACACUACUUGGAAGCCCUCUGUCGACGCUUUGAUCAAACUGGAUCCAACGAAUGUGGAGCUUAAUUUUAUGCUCAUCCAGCUCUGUCUGAACUACGCCCAGAAAAAAUUCCCGGGAAAAACACGAGAAGCAAUUGAGAAACUUCUUCAAAUUCAAGCGGACAAUCUGCAUGAUUAUUAUGUGAAAACCAUGAAAACACCCAAUUAUUCUGGCCGACUAACGAAAAUGAUGAAAAUCAUUCAGUUCAUCGAAGCGGAUGUGAGGCGACAACAAGAGAGAUUCUACCUUGCCAAAGUUUUCGAUAUUUUUACUGUUGAUUUUUCCCAUCCAGAAAUGGUUGAAAUGUUCUGA